AUGGACCAACUACCUGCCUUCGGAAAGAAGAUCGAGGAGAUCGUGAUGCCUACCAUGAAGGCUUACGCUCCUCUGCUUCAAAGGAAUGCCGACUUCAUCAAAUCCGUAAAGAAAGAGACAUUCACCUACGGCUCACAUGAAAGACAACAGCUGGACGUCUACUCGCCUUUGGAGGCCAAAAUCACCAAUGGCCGGAGACCGGUGCUGAUGUUCGAGUACGGCGGCGGGUUUGUGAAUGGCGCGAAGACGUUGAUGCCAAUGCCAGAUGGCUUGGUACACGCCAACAUCGGCGCUUUCUUCGCCAAUCACUUCGGCUACACUGUCGUGGUAGCCGACUACCGUCUAAUGUCCCACGGCGCCAAGUUCCCUUCGGGCGGCGAAGACAUCGCUCUGGCUGUUGAAUGGAUCUGCGAGAACGAACCAGGACCCGGUUCGGAGCCUAUUGAUCUGUUCACCAUGGGUAAUUCUGCUGGUGGUGUACAUCUGUCGACCUUCUUGCUUCAUCAAAGCUUCAGCAAAACCAGACGGAAGGUCCUCACUGGAAACAAGACAAGACUCAGAGGCGCGGUGAUGUUAUCGGUGCCUUUCGAUUUCAACCUUGCGCCUGCGUAUCGCUCCGAGAUACUGAAAAGCUACUUUAGCGACAUCGAGGCGAACUGUCCGCUGGGCCUGCUGCGGACAGCCCAGGAGAAGGUGGAAUCUAUCGACUUCGUGAAUGCUGGCGCCAAGGUUCUUGUUCUCAGCGGUGAAUUGGACCCGGACAACGAUAUCUUGAUACCGCGAGACAACUUCGUAGAUGAGUGGCUGCACAUGGGCGAGAACGAUUAUCGGGUAUCUCUCGCUGUUGAUAGUAUGCCGCGGCAUAACCAUAUCAGCCCAUUUGCUAGCUUGGGCACAGGCAUUGAAGAAGAGGAAGCUUGGGGCUGUCAGGUUGCGGCUUUCUGCGACAACAUUAGGAAGUUUGCACCUAGGUGA